AUGCUCACACGCUUGGUUUUCAAUAUCAAUGACUUCGUGCAACCCUCUACGGCUCGCACAGUGGGUAAAGUGAUGGCUACGUACUGUGAAGCAACAAAGAAGCUGCUGGCAUCGGCAAGUGCCAUCAAGGAUCUCCGCCUCAUCUUCUACCUUGCAGACUCAUCUCACCUGCACUCCAUUGGGCAGGCUGUUGGCAAUGCCGUCCAGAGUGGGAACAUAGAGUUUCUUGAGUUCAGCAUAUGGCCCGAGAUCAGAGGUAGUAUAUGCACCGACGAGCACCUGAUGACGUUUGGCCGGCGCUUCAUGCAUUUCUUAGAUGCCUGCCCCAAUACAUCCAGAUGGCUUAACAGCAUCAUCCUGCGUAAUCUUCAAUUUGGUGAAGCAGACAUGCCAACCAUAUUGAACACAUGCGAGAAGCUGCAGGCCCUGACCCUGCACUCGUGUCAGCUGAGCCAGCUAGAUUCUGUACUGAAGAUUGAUGCACCUAGCUCCCAGCUAAUUGCACUAAAUUUUAUAAGAUGCUACUUUGAACAUGUUGAGUUGGUCUGUCUCCCUCAGUUGGCUAGUCUGGUCUAUGAUACCUGGUUGUCCGUUGACCCUCCAGUACGAUUUGGCUAUGUCCCACGGCUCCAUUACAUAAGAGUUGCCUCUGCUCUAUUGCUUUGGCAGACACCAUUCACAUUGAGUGGGUGUUUAUCUAACGCCAGGAACCUUACAAUUCUUAAUUUGGAUUUCCAUGAUGAAAUGGUUUGGUUUCAACCUGAACAUCCUAAAAAGCUUGUUCCUGUAUUCAGUAAUUUAAAAGUUGUAUAUCUGUAUAAUAUUUUUGCUGACUGUGACCUUAAGUGGACUUUAUUAUUUCUUGAAGCCUCGCCUUCCCUCGAUAGCUUUUAUGUCAAGAUAUCACGUCAUAUAUGUGGACGGUACAAGCAUGCAUGCAUCAAUAAUGCUAAAAAGACUAAUGUGCUGUGGGAAACAUCAGAUUUCAAGCAUUAG